UUGUCUGACAGCAGGGAAAGGCAGUGGGUUGAGCUUGCCUGUUCUCCCAUUGUCAGUUUGCCUUUGCUGUAGUAGGGAAAACCUGUCUGGGAGAUCCUGUGUCAUCUCUCUGCAUGUGGACAGGAAAAGUCAGCAGCACUGCUCUCUGGACUCCUUUCUGUGCAUUCUCCACUCAUUCAGCUCCCACACACUUACUGAAGCACAGGAUUAGUUUCUUCCACCAGAUCUCCUAUGAAACAAUUGGAUCUUUAAGCUCCAGCACUGCAGCACUGGUUCAUUUCUGCUUUCCACACAACAGUUGUGCCUCAUUAUCCAGUGCCUGCUGCCUUAUUCUUCCUCCAGAUCUCUGAAGUUUCCUAUCUUUCGCCUGCACAUCAAGGAGAGAUGAUGGGAUUUCUUCUACCUAGACUGCUGCAAUGAGGCUGACCUAAGUCACCUGUUCUCACGAGUUGGAAGACCCCUUGUACUGAGCCAAGACUGCAGCAGGGGCACCGAGCUGCCUAAGGGACCUACAGAUCUAACUGCACCUCAGCAUGGGCUCUUUUACUGGGAUUGCAUUUCUUUUCUUUGGAGUAUCGAUAACAACGAGGGCGAACUGUCAGAAUGUCAAAAAUAACGUGCCAAGGGUCAAAUUAUCCUACAGAGAAAUGUUGGACACCAACAAUUUAAUUACAUUUAAUGGACUGGCCAACAGCUCCAGUUACAGUACAUUUGUAUUAGAUGAAGAGCGGGGAAGACUAUUCGUUGGGGCUAAGGAUCAUAUAUUUUCAUUUAACCUGGCUAACAUCAAAGAUUAUCAAAAGAUUACAUGGCCUGUAACUAAUACUCGAAGGGAUGAAUGUAAAUGGGCUGGGAAAGAUAUACUGAAAGAAUGUGCAAAUUUCAUAAAAAUUCUCAAGGCAUAUAACCACACGCACUUGUAUGCAUGUGGUACCGGAGCUUUCCACCCUGUUUGUACCUAUAUUGAUAUUGGCCACUAUCCGGAGGAUAACGUUUUUAAGCUUGUGGAUUCCGUUUUUGAAAAUGGUAGAGGGAAGAGUCCUUAUGACCCAAAGUUGUUAACUGCAUCAAUUUUGAUUGAUGGGGAGCUGUAUUCAGGGACUGCAGCAGAUUUUAUGGGAAGAGAUUUUGCUAUUUUCCGCACGCUUGGAAAUCAUCAUCCAAUUAGAACGGAGCAGCAUGACUCCAGAUGGUUAAAUGAUCCUCGGUUCGUUGGGGCAUAUCUAGUGCCAGAGAGCGACAACCCGGAAGAUGACAAAGUAUAUUUUUUCUUUCGUGAAAAUGCAAUAGAUGGAGAACAUGCUGGAAAAGCAACACAUGCAAGGAUAGGACAAUUAUGCAAGAAUGAUUUUGGUGGGCACAGAAGUUUGGUCAACAAGUGGACAACGUUCCUGAAAGCUCGGUUAAUUUGUUCUGUUCCUGGUCCUAAUGGAAUUGAUACACAUUUUGACGAAUUACAGGAUGUGUAUAUAAUGAAUUCCAAAGACCCAAAAAAUCCAGUUGUGUAUGCCGUUUUUACAACUUCAAGUAAUGUAUUCAAGGGUUCAGCUGUAUGUAUGUAUAGCUUGUCUGAUGUACGAAGAGUGUUUUUGGGUCCAUAUGCUCACAGAGAUGGUCCAAAUUAUCAGUGGGUGCCUUAUCAAGGAAGAGUCCCUUAUCCUAGACCUGGAACUUGCCCAAGCAAGACAUUUGGAGGCUUUGACUCAACAAAGGAUCUCCCAGAUGAAGUUAUUAUGUUUGCCAGGAGUCACCCAGCCAUGUACAACUCUGUUUUCCCAAUAAACAACCGCCCAGUCAUUAUUAAAACAGAAGUCGAUUAUCAGUUUUCCCAGAUAGUAGUUGAUCGUGUAGAAGCAGAAGAUGGUCAAUAUGAUGUAAUGUUCAUUGGAACAGACAUUGGGACUGUUUUAAAAGUUGUUUCUGUUCCCAAGGAGACUUGGCAUGAUUUAGAGGAAGUACUUUUGGAAGAAAUGACUGUGUUCAGGGAACCUACAGCAAUUUCAUCCAUGGAGAUUUCCACAAAGCAACAACAACUGUACAUUGGUUCACCGAUGGGAGUUUCCCAGAUCCCUUUACACCGCUGUGAUGUUUAUGGAAAAGCAUGUGCUGAAUGUUGUCUUGCCAGGGACCCCUAUUGUGCCUGGGAUGGUUCUUCAUGCUCCCGCUACUUUCCUACUGCUAAAAGACGCACAAGAAGACAAGAUAUCAGAAAUGGGGAUCCUUUAACUCAUUGUUCAGAUUUACAGCAUCAUGAUGAUCCACAUAGACAGAGUUUGGAGGAGAAGAUAAUCUAUGGUGUGGAGAACAGCAGUACAUUCCUAGAGUGCAGCCCAAAAUCACAGAGAGCCACAGUAUUCUGGCAAUUCAAGAAGCAGAAUGAUGAAAAGAAAGAAGAGGUAAGAGUGGAUGAUCGUACCAUUAAAACAGAUCAUGGUCUUCUCAUCCGCACCUUAAAGAAGAAAGAUUCAGGAAUCUAUUAUUGUAUUGCAGUAGAGCAUGGAUUUAUGCAAACACUCCUUAAAGUAACUCUAGAAAUUAUUGAUACUGAACAUCUAGAUGAACUUCUGCACAAAGAUGAAGAUGGAGAACACCAGAAGCACAAAGAACCAUCAAAUAACAUGUCACCCACACAGAAGAUCUGGUAUAGAGACUUCAUGCAGCUCAUAAACCACCCAAAUCUCAAUAGUAUGGAUGAAUUUUGUGAGCAAGUAUGGAAAAGAGACCGCAAACAACGUCGGCAAAAAAAUGCCAAUGCCCAGGUUAGCCCCAACAAAUGGAAGCACAUACAAGAAAACAAGAAGGGCAGAAACAGGAGGACCCAUGAAUUUGAAAGGGCACCAAGGAGUGUCUAAUCCACAUUACCUCUUCAAACCUCAUCCGAGUAGGAUUUGUAUAGACAUUAAACUGGAAAAUGCAAUAUUCAUGAAUCUUUUCAUGGCAUUAUUUGGAUGUUUACAGAGUGGAAGGUUCACACAACUUUCUACUAAGUCUAAAUAAAAUACAUUAGUAACUUUCCAAAUAGACUUAGACUACAUAGACAAAAUGUAAAAUUUUAAAGACAAAGUUUCACAGCUUGGUUUUCCCAUUUCUGAAGCAAUCCUCAUCAGAUUUUUCCAUUUAUUUCCUUUUCCAAGGAGAAACAGUUAGUUUACCUUCUUGCCAUUGAAAUGAGAAAAGCCUAGCAUCAGUCGUCAACACCGGUCUGGAACUACCGGUAGAUGACAUUCACUAUCCUUCUUAAAAAUAAGCUCAUAUUGUACACUUACAGUAACUUGCUUUUUGUCUAACCACCAUGUGCAUAUUUGUAUGAUAAGAUAAGAUGAUGCCUGGGAAUGUACAAAACCCAAACCUUAAACUGCAACAAUAACUUGGCUGCUCCCAAGCAAACAAGUUGAGCUUACUGAUCUACUACUGAUAUCUUCAACCAGCUUUGACCUUAAGUUUUAAUGUACUAAAUCUAAUUUAAACGUACCAUGACAAAUAUGCAGUAAAUGUCAUUUGUUAUUCAUUCUAUUUUUUUUACUAGUUGUAGCACAUUCUUUUUUUUGUCUUGCACGAUUUUUUUCUUAAAAAAUGAAAAUAUUUUUAUUUUAUUUUUUGUCUUAACAUUUUUAUUUUAAAGAGUAAUGCAUUGAAUACUUAACAAGGGGGUGAUGUGUCAUAUCAUGGAGAUAACAACACAUUUUGUAGUUAAAAGGAAACUCUACAUACAAAAAUAAAGAGAACAGAUAUUCUGAUGAAACAAUGUUUUGGAUCCAAGGUCUGUCUAACCUAAAUGAAAACAGUAUAGACUGCUAAAAUUUGAAGAUUAGCAAUGCCUUCCUGUUCAGAAUUUUCUACAUUUAGCUUCUUUGGAGACUGAGUGGCAUUACUAAUGCAUAAAAUACAGUAGUUAUGCCAAUCACUUUCGUAAUAAUUGCCUGGUUAUAGUUGUUAAAAUGAAAUCUGUUCAUAAGCUUUUGAUAUGUUAUAUAGAAAAUGCAUCCAAAUAUUCUGCCCAUCUUCUUAAAUAUCCAAAAGAGUUGAUUGUUCCAAUAAGAAAUUGUAAAACAAGGGUUUAGAAAUAUAUGUGUUGUGUUAUCUAGACAUAUAAACAUUGUUAUAGAUGGCAUUUUGUAGACUUACAGUAUACAUGUAUUACUUGACUUGCAUAUGAGAUACAGACAUGUCAAUUUUGGGAUCUGGCUAUGCAAUCUUAUAAAUUUAUAGCUGUCCAAAUUAGCUAAAUUCUAUGAAGUUUCAUAAACUAUGCCACUUUUGCCUAUGGGCUAGAUCUGGCAUUGCAUCAUAGUCAUAUUUUAUUGCAUGGGGCUAAGCUGCAAUACCAGAUACUACCCAAGAGAUUGUGACCAUGUUAUGAAUAAAGGCAACCAUGUCUUUAAAGAAGAUCUAGUCAAAACUGUAUAGAGCAAGGCCAGAAUAACAUUAGAAAUGUUUACUGACCUACGAUAGCCACAUUCAAAAUUCACAGACAAAUAGGUCUAUGAAUUUUAAAUGUGAGUAUCUUGGCUCAGUAAACAUUUCCAAUGUUAUUCUACGAGAAACAUAUUUUGCCUUUAUUCAUUUAUUAAAGGGGUAUUCCAGGAAAAAACUUUUU